AUGCCUCAACUCACAGCACUCACUCAGUCCGCCUUGAAAUCGCUCCAAAAGAAUCUUUCUAGGCCUUCGAAACCUGAAGCCACCACUUUUAAAAUAAUCAACUUUGCAGGAGAUGAUGACGAAUCAGAUGUUGCAUCAACGGUGAUAUUGACAGAGGAACAAAUCAAACGAGAGCUUUCAGAGACGGUGCCUCGUCAAUCUCCACCUCGUCAAUCACUAUCCCCACCUCGUCGAUCACUUCGCCUCAUGGCUAAGGAAAACAAAGUGUCGAGAAGCCCAUAUAAACGCGACGCAGGGGUCACUAUUCUCAACUCAGACAAAGGACCGAUGAAAGCCCGUUCAGCUAAGAAAUUUGCCACGAAGAAAGGACGAAGGGUAUCCCGCGCGAGAGGAAAAGGCACCUCUUCCUAA